AUGUUGAAUCAGAUGAUGAAGAUAAAAUUUCAUAUGAAGAAGAUUUUGAGGAAUAUGAUUCAGAUUUUGAAGAGAGUGAUACAGAUUCAGUCUCACACAGCAGUGAGUCCAGCAGUGAAACGGACGGAGAAAAUUCAGACGCUGAUGGGACAGCUGAAAAAAAUGUAAUCAAUACAAACAUAAAAACUCCUAUUAUUAAGGAAGCAGCCCCUCUUCAAAUGAAAAGGCCACUUCCAUCAAAGAAUGAAAGAGCAUUCCUCAAAAUGAGUGAUCGUUCUUCUCUUUUCCCCAACAAAAUGGAGAUAAAAAGUGACGUUGAAAAACCUAUGAAGGCAUCACGUUCUUUCAUCAAUUUUGCUUCAGCUGUUGAACAAGAAAAAAAGAAAAAGUGCACCAAUAAAGUGUUGAAGCGGGCUUCAGAAUUACUUGAUAUAAUAACACUUGAUGUCGUUCCUUUUGACAUAAUCGAUGUGCCUCCUAUGAAAUACGAAACAUAUAUCAGGACAUUUGGAAAAUCAGGCAGCAGUCAGGUAUUUACUCAGACGGAGAACAGUGAAGAAGAGGAAGCUCAAACCGAUGUGAUAGAAAUGUUAGAUAAGUGGACUCAGUAUCCUCCGCAUGAUGUUAAUGGCUGUGGAGGUGACAAUGUUGCAACUUCUGAAGGACAUAAAGAUUUGAAAGCUUUGUUUGAGUCUCGAUCUGCACGCUUGUCAACAUUUUUGCAAAAUUGUAGCAAUGUUAUACUUUCAGUUCUUGAUGAAGAAUUUCCUGCUCUUGGUUUAGGGAAAAGUACAAAACAAAGGAGCAACUUGUUUUACAGCAAUAGCUAUCAUACUUUACCUUCUUUAAAUUUUUUGAAAGACACUCCAGUAAGAAAUGUGUAUUGUUCAACAGAAUCUUGUCAGUAUAUAAUUACAAUUUAUGAUACUAUGAUAAAAGUUCCUUCCAUGAAUGAUGAACGUGGCAUUCUUUGUGUUUGGAAUAUUUCAGACCCACAGAAACCUCAACAUGUUUUGAUGUCAAAUGGGCAACCUACUUGUGUAACCUUUGGGCCUUUUGGAAAUGAUGUUGUCAUUGCUGGCAUAGCAGAUGGUGCUGUUGUACUUUGGGAUCUGACAGACUCUGGGUCUCUCUCUUAUCCUAUUAUGGUAGAAGAUCAAGUAUAUUUGCUGCCACCCACGUACAAUACAGCUGUUGCUUAUGGAUUAGAAAAUCACGUCAGUUGCAUAGUUGCAAUCCAAGCUGUUCACAAUUAUGCCAAUGAUGACCGUUUUUCUUCUGAGAAAUCUGCAAUAAAGAAAAAUUUCCAUGUUUUGACCUUGGAAGAUAUGGGGAUCAUCAAUGUAUGGGUGGUUGUCAAAGUGUUGAAGCCAGACAUAUCAGGUGUAGAUUCUGAUCUUGGUUUAGCCCCUGGAGGAAAGCUGAGACUCGUAAAAAGUACAAGCUUGCCACUUUACAGUCUGAGUUCCCUACCUGUUGAACAAAAAACGAAUCUUCGAACGUUUGAUUUUCAAGUAGUUCCUUUUGACUCCAGUCGAUUGAUCGUCACAACUGAUGCAGGUAUUUGUCUGCAUGUUACACGUCUUUCUGGCAAUGUGGAACCUAGAUAUUACUUGAGCGAUCCCACUUUUUCUACUGAAAUCCGGUGCCUUGAUUUCUCUCCAUGCAUGGAAGAUUUAUUUCUGGUUGGCUGCAGUGAUGGAAGUGUUAAAUUAUUUAAUGUAAAAUUUGCCCGUCCACUUCUGACACUUCCUCAGGCUGCAAAGGGAGAUCCAGUAAAUGUUCUCCAUUGGUCAACCAUUCAUCCAGCGGUUUUCUGUGUCCUCAGUACAUCCUCCACUUUGUACAUGUGGAAUAUAAUGAAAGAUACAAUUGCUCCUGUUCGCAGUUACCAUUUCGCUGAUUUGAGAAUAACAUGGUUUGUUUUUAGAAGCGAAAGGAAUUCUGAAGGCAAGACUUCCAGACAAAACUUAAAUAUGAUCCUGUCAAAGGACAACGGAGAAGUAGAGAUCCACGCCUAUCAGUCAGAUGUGACAGCGAAAGAAUAUGCAGCUCAAAUGGAAUACAUGCAAAAUUUGUAAAGGAAUUAUUUUGUCCAAAGAUGAAGAUGUAUUUUUAUGCAAGCAAAUUAUUUAAUUCAAUAAAGAAUAAUUUUUAU